UUAGAGCACUCCUCCUCAGGUGCUCUACACAUCCUGCUGUCAAGGAUGUAGUGUGUGUGUAUGUGUGUGUGUGUGUUUGAAAGUCGUCGAUAUGACCACCAGCCUUUUCCUCUUUCAACAUGCCUGCAGCGAUGUACCGUACUGUACUGCUGUUCCUGCUCACAGUGAGUGUCUGUACAGGCACCACCACUUCCUCUGCAGCUGCAACCACCUCCUCUGCAACUAAACAGGUCACAAAGACAACAGCAGUUACUGCGAACCCAAACACAGUGACUGUGUCAAAGAUAAAAAAUGUCAAUUUACCGCCUCCAAAAUCCACCAAAAACAGCACCCAGAAACCUCUGACAUCUCCAAACCAGAGCUCAACUACGACUGCAGUCCCUUCAGGAAAUGUGUCAACAACACCUCCACCUCCUGUUUCCACACAAACACCCAAAGGGAGAACGCAGAGCACAAGCGCUCCAACCAAGGAUGCAACGACCAAACAGACGUCCCACCAGACCGCUUCCACAGGAUCCACGGCCACGUUAGCAUCAACAUCACUGGGCAUGACUGCAGCCACCACCGUUAACAGUACCAACGCUACAGGCCCAGGUGUUGCAGACGAGUGGAACAAAGAUGACAUGAUAAAGAAUCCUGGCCUGGUUGCUGUCAUCUGCAUCUUCUGUAUCGUCGUCCUCCUGGGGUUGGCGGUCGCUGCCGUGAAAUGUAUCGACGCACCAAAGUCCAACUUUGAGAGGCUUGAAGAUGUUCCCAUGGGCAAAGUCAACGAGGAGUCUCCAUUCGCCCAUUACUCGAAAUGACAGAGGAGACGGAAGAGUCUGGACACCAGCAGAGACACAAACUCAACGACUCUCUCUCUCUGCCUCUCGAUCUUUCACGUUGCACUUUUGCCCAUGACAGUAAAAUAUAUCUGUCUCGCUUAUUUGCCUGCUUUCAGAGUAAUUCUGCUGAUUUAGCCUCUAAAGCUCAGUCAACUGUUGCACUAACUGUUGGACAUUGAAUGUUUUUAAUUUGGUGACAUGCUGUUUAUCCUUCUCAGCACUUAUUAUUCAUGAUUGCACUCUUGCACAAAAUAAUUGAGCUGAUUAAAGUGCAGCACAUUAUGAGUUUCCACAAUGAUUUGGGGGUACAAAUUAAUGCAGAUAGCUUUCUUAUGUAGAGUGUAGGUUAGAAUGAAGGAAGGUUAUCUGCUUGUGCAAAUGUGUUUUUAGGCUGUUUGAUGUAAACAUAGCUGCAGCUGUUAUGAACAAGUGUGUGUGAUUGUUUCUGUGUUAUUUAUUACAUUACACAAAAUCUAUAUAACGUCCUCCCUGCACUGGGAUCUGAAGAAUUGAAGAAUUGAAGAACAGGAACAGUGAAAAAAACACAAAAACAAAACUCUUUUUAAUGUUUUUCUCUUCAAAUACAACACUCACACAUGUAACCCUUCACUGAAUCUUAUCUGCAUUGCAAACUGCUUUUAUUCCAUCCAUGUUUAUGUUGUUAUCCUAAAUGACAGCCUUCUUCCUCUCAAGAACUGAGCAGACGGACUAUUCCCAAUUCUUUUUGGUGUAUUGUGUUGAAACUCAGGAAUUAGUGUAAAUUAUGUUUUUGUAAAUGUGGGAGAACAUCAUUUAAAGCAGUCUCAUCUUUGUACGGUGACCUGUCAGAGAGAUGUAAAGUAUAAAAGCAUGAUCUUUCCAAUAAAAAUAAGUAUUUUAAUGUUGAA